UCCUUUGCCUUCAUCCCUCCUUUAAAAAUAAAUAUUGGUAUCCUUCUCAAAUAAUUUGUGUAAAAGAAAAGGAAAUAAAUAAAGAAAAAUCAAAAGGACAACAAAUAUUGUUGGGAGUUCUCUCUUCUAUCUCAUCUCCUUGAGAUAGAAAUCGGAAGUCCCUCUAUUUGUUGUUAAAGAAAAUUCCGUUUGCAUUCUUCUUUUAGGCAAAAAAAAAAAGGAUUUUUCCCCCCAAGAACAUCAAAAUGGUUUUCAGCGGGACAACCGACAAAUGCAAGGCAUGCGACAAGACCGUUCACUUCAUUGACAUGGUAACUGCCGAUGGGGCCUUUUAUCACAAGAACUGCUUCAGAUGCAGCCAUUGCAAUGGCAAACUUGUGAUGGGAAACUACUCAUCCAUGGACGGAGUUUUGUACUGCAAGACUCAUUUUGAGCAAUUGUUCAAGGAAACAGGAAGUUUCAGCAAAAAUUUCCAAACAUCUGGAGAAAAGAAGAACGCCCAGGGAACAACUCCGAACAAGGUUGCUUCCUUGUUCAGUGGCACCCAAGAUAAAUGUGCCACGUGCCACAAAACUGUCUAUCCGUUGGAGAAGAUAUCAAUGGAAGGAGAGUUCUACCACAAGACGUGCUUCCGAUGCGCCCACGGCGGCUGCGUGCUGACUCACUCUUCCUACGCCGCCCUCAACGGCGUGCUCUACUGCAAGCACCAUUUCGCCCAGCUCUUCAGGGAGAAGGGCUCUUACAGCUACAUCAACAAGAAGAGCGCCGCCCAAGCCGUCGAGGGAUUCAAAUCUGAAGGCGAGGAAGAGCACAACCAGGACGACGACGACGAUGAGAAGUCGGCCACGCCAAGGGCACCACCGGCGGAAGAAGAAGAAGACGCCAAAGAGGAGCCUGUUGCUCAGGAGCAGUAGACUCUGCAUUUAACAUUGAAAAUUGAUUACAGAGAUGACAAAUUGCUUGAUUUGUAACUUGGGUGUUCGUUUUCUACUUUUCAAUUUUUUUUAACACAACUUUUUUUUUUUGUUGUUGAUUCGAUCUUUUGUAUGAUCAUGCAAUAUUGAUCUUGAUCUUCGCUAAUACGAAAAUUGGUGCCUGAAUCUGACUCAGACGCAAAUUAAUCAGAUAAUACAGGGGUUAAAGACACAUUUGGUCA